AUGCUGCUCCGUAUUUUUGCGCUACUUGUCGGUUUCCUCAAUUUUGUCCACGCAUGGGAGUAUGUGAACUGCGGGACAGGACUCAUAGACAUCGAGUCGAUUGUGUUGCAACCAGAGAUCCCGAUUGCCGGCGAGCAACUCACAGUCACGAUCAAGGGUAGAGCGACUCAGACGAUCGAGGCGCGAGCUACGGCAGAUGUUACCGUCAAGCUGGGACUCGUCAAACUCAUUCAGAAGCGUUUCGAUGUCUGUGCUGAAGUAGCCCGUUUGCCUGGCCUUGGUAUCUCUUGCCCCGUAGAAGACAGGGAAUGGCACACAAUUCAGCAAACAGUCACCCUUCCUAAAGAGAUUCCUAAGUCCAAGUUCAAUAUUCAAGUGAGAGGAUCGACCGCAAAGAACGAGCCUAUGCUUUGUCUCGACCUUAAGCUUGACUUUAUGAGCUCUGCUGGUUCUAUUUUCCGUGCCCCCUUCUAA